ACACACCAAAAAUCUCACGGCCGCCAUGAUGCUUGUUUGCUUUCCGUGAGGCAGCUGCAGAUACAGUGAGAGAGAAACAAAGAGAAAACAACACACUGGUCUUUACACAUUGGUAUGCGUUUUCAGUAUUACAGGAAUGCCCAAGGAAAAAUAUGACCCGCCAGAUCCUAGGCGGAUGUACACAAUAAUGUCGAGUGAGGACGCAGCCAACGGGAAGAAGUCGUACUGGGCUGAGCUAGAAAUCAGCGGGAACGUAAGGAGCUUAAGCACUGCAUUGUGGUCACUGACGCACUUAACCGCAUUGCAUCUCAGCGACAAUUCCCUCUCACGCAUUCCGCCAGACAUUGCCAAACUCCAUAAUCUGGUAUACCUGGACCUCUCAUCCAACAAGAUCAGGAGCUUACCAGCAGAGCUCGGAAACAUGGUUUCACUCAGGGAACUGCUUUUAAACAACAACCUGUUGCGGGUUCUACCUUUUGAGCUGGGAAAACUAUUUCAGUUACAGACACUGGGGUUGAAAGGAAACCCACUUGCACAAGAAAUCUUGAAUCUCUACCAGGAACCAGACGGGACACGAAGGCUACUGAAUUACUUGCUUGAUAACUUGGCUGGCACUGCCAAAAGAAUUCCAACAGAGCAGCCCCCUUCAAGGUCAUGGAUUGUGCUGCAGGAACCAGACCGGACACGACCGUCAGCUCUGUUUUCUGUUAUGUGCUACAAUGUACUCUGUGAUAAGUAUGCUACUCGACAGUUAUAUGGCUACUGUCCAUCAUGGGCUUUAAACUGGGAGUACAGGAAGAAAUCAAUCAUGCAGGAGAUCCUAAGUUGCAAUGCAGACAUCAUUAGUCUUCAGGAGGUAGAAACAGAGCAGUACUACAACUUCUUUCUGGUGGAGCUGAAAGAACAGGGCUAUGAUGGCUUCUUCAGUCCCAAAUCCCGAGCCAGGACAAUGUCUGAGUCAGACAGGAAGCAUGUGGAUGGAUGUGCAAUAUUCUUCAAAACAGAAAAGUUUAGCUUGGUCCAAAAACACACAGUUGAAUUUAACCAGCUAGCCAUGGCCAACUCGGAAGGAUCGGAAGCCAUGCUGAACAGAGUGAUGACCAAGGACAACAUCGGGGUAGCUGUACUGUUGGAGCUGCGCAAAGAGAUGAUUGAAAUGUCCUCUGGGAAGCCCCUUCAUGGCAUGGAGAAGCAGCUCAUCCUAGUUGCCAAUGCGCACAUGCACUGGGACCCUGAAUACUCUGACGUCAAGCUGGUACAGACCAUGAUGUUCCUGUCUGAGGUCAAGAACAUCAUUGACAAGGCCACCCGAAGUCUCAAGUUAUCCUCUGUGUCGGGGGAAACCAACGCCAUCCCCCUUGUCCUGUGUGCUGAUCUGAACUCCUUGCCAGAUUCAGGUGUGGUGGAGUACCUGAGUACGGGAGGGGUUGACUGCACACACAAGGACUUCAAAGAGCUGCGCUACAGUGACAGCCUCACCAACUUCAACUGCAACGGCAAGAACGGCACGUCCAACGGGCGGAUAACUCACGGCUUCAAGCUCAAGAGUGCCUACGAGAAUGGCCUGAUGCCUUACACGAACUACACGUUUGACUUCAAGGGGGUGAUCGAUUACAUCUUCUACUCCAAGCCUCAGCUCAACGUACUCGGCAUCCUAGGCCCUCUUGAUCCUCACUGGCUCAUUGAGAACAAUAUCAGCGGAUGCCCACACCCGCACAUCCCUUCAGACCACUUCUCCCUUUUUGCACAACUGGAGCUCGUGUUGCCCUACCCACCCCCUGUCAAUGGGAUCCACCUGCCUGGCAGGAGGUAGUUGCUAAGCCAGCUGAGGGCACACCUUCCCUCGAACUAUCUUGUAAACAAAAUGUAAAAUCAAACGUAUAGAGGAGUGAGGUAUGGCCAACAGGGAUUUUUUUCUCCUAAUUGUUUUCACGAAUUUUAAGUCAAUCUUAUUACUAAGUUCUUUCCAGGCAAAAUUAUGAACCCCUUUAUGCUUUGUAUACUGUCAGAAUGGACCUUUUUUUGUAAACACCUUCCUUUGGUAUUUGGAUUUUUUAACCUUGAUUAUUAUAUGCCUUUAAAUGUGCGCAUUCAUGCCUAUAGAAGUACACAGGGUUUGCACAAUGUACUGCCUCUGUUUUAGAGAAAACAUUAAAUGGUGAAAUCCUGCAUUGUAUAGGAUUAAUGUUAAAAUUCAUAUAUGAGAUAGAAUGAUAUCCAUUGCUGUGAGAAACGUAACAUCAAGUUAAACAUUGUCUCACAUAUUGAAGCCAUUAUUAAUUUGUGUCGGGCUACACUGGGCAAAGUAAGUGCCAUUGAUUGUGGAUUAUUUUGUCUUUAUUAUACUUGGGGUUAUUAUUUCACAUCAUUUCAUUAUUUCCCCUUAACAAUAUCAUCUGCAGUGCAUGCUCAGUAACUGGUGACCAAAGUUAAGACCAAGACAUCUGAUAUCUAAAGACAUGUUUUCACAGAUUCAGCAAUGCCAGAGUCUGCUCUCUAGGUGCUAGAAAAAUUGCCUUUCUACAGAAAUGGUGCAGUUUUUAUCAAAGAAAAAUACAUUAGUGAAUUCUGGAAGUAUGUAUUGGCUCUUGAAACACUGUUUAAACUUUUGCUGUUUUCAUGUCAAAAUUGAGCAAUCAGAACAGUAAAACGUCUGGUGUGUUGUAUUCUGCCUGUUAAAAUAGUGCUUGAAUAUGGGGAUGUAAACAGCUACACUUAGCCCAGCAGCAAACAUGUUAUUACUGUUAAAUUAAAGCAGCUUUAAAAGUAUUGCACUUUGAUCACAAGAAUGAAUUUAGUGAUGGAUGACUUGCUGAAAGUAAGAAGAAUUUCAGAACUGUGUAGUCAUUUUAAGAGCAGAUGUACCUUUCUGGCAUCUAGCAGGUGGUUAUAAAGUUGGUCAUUUUUAAUUUCUCAAAGUACUGCAUAGCUCCUGUUGCUUGCAGUUAAAUUGUUUAAAGGAUAUUUAUACAAAUGGACUUAAGUUUGUGGGUGAUUACAGCUACAUUUGUGUUGAACCCUAUUAAAUUAACAGUGACUAAUGAUUUUACAGUAAUAUUACCCUUGUGUUGUAAUUUAAGUCAAGAAAGUGACCUACUUCGUUGUCACCUGCUUUUGUAUGUGUGUGAUUGUACUUUUAUAGGCAUCUGCGCACACAGGGAUCUGUAGCACUGUCUUUGAGGCCAGUCGUAACCUUCUAAGGCCAUUCUUUCCAUACUUCACUCCAAGGUUUUUUUCAGAGAAGUGUUUGUAUAAAAUAGAAUUUGGAUUUAGCCUUUAAUGAUUGUAUAUGAACCACAAAAGACCUGAUUUAUGGCAUUUUUGUACUUUAAAAAUCAAUUUGGAAAACAAUGAUUGUAUUGUAAACUAAGGCUAAAUUUUUAUCUGUUUUGCGUGUUAUUAAAAGAAGAAAAAACCAGCUUGUAAAGAAAGAUGUUAUAACAGGUUUUCUCUGCUAAUAUUUGCACUGUUCUGGGUUAAAUUUCUGUAUGUACCAUGUUUUUUAUUUGUAUUUUGAGAACAUUGCUUAUUUUAAACUUCAAGACUCCACUUAUAAAGCAGUUUGAGCCUUAUUUCUAGUACUAGAAUGCUUUUUUCAGUAUCAGUUAGAUGGAACUCAUCUCUUUUCAGUUCUGAUCAUUCAAUUCAGAAUUAAAAGACAGGAAAGAAGGCAGUCUUAAAUGUCCCGUGCCGUUUAACAGUCAUCUGUACUCUUGGAGCAAUAUUCUAAGACUCUCGGGAAGAUCCUCGUCAUAAUUUGACGGAUCCCCUAAACCGAAGGAAAAACCUAAAACAUCACAUUCAUUUCUCUGUCAUGGAUAUACAUCAUGCUAUGGGAGGGAAGUAGUCUUGAGACCCCAUUCCCACAUAAAAAAAAAUCAUUGUGCCUCAUCAGUUGUGUUCUCAAACAGCACUGCCUGUGCAAGCAGGGAAAACCUGAACAGCAUCUUUUAAUUUUUUAAAAUACUGUUAACAGUUGUGAAGAUUUUAUGAAGUUUUUUUUGUAUUAGCUGUGGCAUUUUUUUUCUUCUUGUCCUCUCUUUUCAUGGAGUAAUGAAUUCCAUAGUAAUCAGGUUAAGUACGGCAAAUGGAGAUUUUGUAACUGCCGAAACCUUAGAACUGCUUCUGUCUCUUUGCACAGUGCUUGGAUCUUCUGUUUUUUGUUUUUGUAUUUAUACACCAAGGAAAUUUCAUGCUAUACCUUUGGAAACUUGCAGCCUGGUCUUUAAAAGCAUCCUUCCUUGGUUGUAUUUUAAACUUCAAUUUGAAACGGUAUGAAGAGCAACAUUUCAAACUUGGAAAACCUAUUAAAUGAUUUAUUUAAUGAAACAGGGACCGAACCAUGCUUUUCUGUAGAGCUAGACCAGUGCUAUAAUUUAAUCUUUUCAUUGAUAGUGCCAUCUAUUGCGUAUUACCAUAAAGCCAAGUGUAGAGUUAUUAUAAAUUUAGUUACUGUACCCUUUUUUGAUCUUUUUUAAAAAGUAAGACACUUUCAUGUCUAGCUUGAUGUAGUAUGUCAUAUGAGCCACACAUAUAGCCUGGUCUAGCUUGAGUUUCAUCUGCUGGCAGGGAACCAUGCAGGGUAUGGUGGUACUGUUAAGAUCUGGAAAGUCCUAAAUUGACAACAUAGUUUAAUUAGCAGAUGUGACAUGCUGCACUGAAGAAAUGUUUUUCUUUUUUUUAAAAAAGCAAGCAAUUGACAAGCACUUAAUGUAGAUCGAUAGUGCAGCUACUCCUUAAAAUUGAAUCUUAUCACCCUUUUUUAAAAGAAAAAUGUGCAAGUGUAAAUUUUAACAUUUUUUACAAAGAACGUUUGAUCUGUAGUCCUUGUCUGGGACCUGCUCUUUUUUUGCUUUUAUUUGAGCAAAUAGCAAACAUGUCCAGUUUAUAAUUAGUACCUUGAAAUACUGGUAGUAUUGUAGUAGAUUUAAAAAAGUAGUUUUUUGUAAAGUGUGAAUAAAAGGUGUUAUCUCAUGUUUCCUUUCUUAAAAACAAAUUGUGUUGUUAAUGUGUAUCAUGACAAAUAUUCAAUAGUAUUAUGAUUGGUUGGUAACUUUUUUCUUUUACCCAUUGUCAUCUUUUUUUAUUAUCCAAAACUCAAACCAAUUUUUUUCUUUCAAAGUGUUAGCAAGCUGAAUUCUUAGUGUUUUUGGCUUCUAACUUGGAUCAGAAUCACUUCUUACCUUGAGGGCAUGAUUUUGCGUUGUGCCCUCUUUUUUUAAAACAAGAAGAAAAGAAGUUUUCAGCGUCACCAAAUGGGAAUCCCAGACUCAUAUCUUUAGCUUAUUUUAGACGUCACAUAGCGCAGGCUAGCACAGUUGUGAAAAUAAGUGGGCCAGGUAGACCCGCUGAUCAGUGGUUGAUGCUUCAGUAGAAAGAGCCCUUUGCAAAGUGGUGUUAACGUGUACGUUUAAACACAUGCCAGCAGUGUCCUUAGGACAGAGGUGAUAUUGUAAUGUGAGUCUACUAUUGCACCCUCUCGUUAUAUAUGUUAUUGUGCUUCUAGUGGUGAGUUAAGUUUAAAUCGUGUUCUCUGCUAUUUAAAUAACUGAAUAUGCCUAGAGGCACCUUUCUCUUGUGCAAUGGUGCAUUUGGAAUAAGGCCUUAGGACAGGGAGGGGGUGGGGGAAUAGAGUGAGGGGUUAAGGGUAACCCUGAACUUAAGCCCUAAACUUGAGUAAUGAUCAGCAGAUGGUGCACAUGCACUUCUACUUUAACUUGCAUUCAUUGUAUUGACCCUUUUUUUUAAAAAAAAACUUUUGCACUCUGAUCAGUUACUGAAAGCACUAUCUCAAUAUUUUGUUGUAGAACAAUCUCCCACUUGAUUAAUUUGCAUCCAUCCUGUGAUAUGUUUUGGGGAUUGUAGUUAUGAUCACACUUAGGACAGUAGAAUGGUAGGGAGAACAAGUACUUUCCCUUUGUUAAAAUUUUGAAAACACUUCCUUGUUUGGUAAACAGCUUGCAAUAUUUAGAACAAUCAUCUUUCAAUUUUAGAUGAUAGGAAAUUUCUGAAAUUUGGCAAUAAUGGUUGCUCAUUUGACUUUGAUUUGUUGUCUUGGUUUUUUUUUUGUUGCUAGCCUCGGAUGUUCCUGACCCAUUUGGCAGAAAUGCUCAAUUCCACCUGCUUUGCUGAUUCAUUUGACCACCCCUACUUCCCUGUUCUAUCCACAAGUUUGUGAUUCCUGCUGUUUCCACCUCCUUUUUGCCAGUAGUGUUAGUCGUUCAAUGAUCAGGAUUGCCUAUCUUUAGCCGACAGAUGAGUACAUAUAUAUAAUGUUCCACUAUGUAAUGCACUGGACCAACUCUUGUUUACCAUUCGUGGAAUACCAGCAAAACACUUGCACAAAGUUUAAAAAGAAUGUUACGUUAAAAAAAACAAAGGCAGCUGUUUUUAAAUAAAUAUUAGGAACUGUAAGGGGCCUAAUGGUAAACAAGGGAUUUUCAAUUUACUGUUAUCCUUAACAGUUUUCUUGGUUAUCUUUGAACUAGUUUUAUGUUUAUAACAGGGUCAGCUUGUUUCCUUUACACCUAUGUAUUUUCCUACUUAUGGUUGAAAAUAAAUUCUAUAUCUGUUUCA